AUGACUGAAAUCGAAGAAAUAUUGUCUCCUUUGCGUGCUGAAGUCCAGGCCCAAGGGGAUAUAGUUCGGCAAUUGAAAGCUAACAAGGCCCCAGAUGGGGAAAUUAAAAGAGCCGUCACUGUGUUAAAAGCUAAAAAGCGUGCAUUGGAUGAGAAGGAAAUCGAACUCAGAUCAAAAGACGAUAAUUUUGACCGUUCAAAAUUAGAAGACCUGCUGAAACAGAAGUUCUUCUAUGACCAGUCCUUUUCUAUUUAUGGCGGUGUUCAGGGUCUCUACGAUUACGGGCCGACAGGCUGUGCCAUCAAGGCAAACAUUCUUUCCGCGUGGCGUCAAUUCUUUGUGCUAGAAGAGCAGCUGCUUGAAGUCGAUUGCUCUGUCCUGACGCCAGAAAAUGUCCUUAAGGCUUCUGGCCACGUCGAUCGUUUCACUGACUACAUGGUCAAAGACGUUAUAAACGGGGAGUGUUUCCGCGUCGACCACCUGAUCGAGGCAUUUCUAGAGACCAAACUGGCUGCAAAGGAUACAAAACCCGAGGAGAAAGUAGAAAUUAACCGCACUUUGGCUCAGUUGGACAAUUAUGGUGCCAAGGAAUUCGCCACAAUUAUAGAAAAAUAUAAUAUAAAAUCACCGAACACCAAAAAUGACCUCACCCCUCCACAGCAAUUCAAUUUGAUGUUCUCUACUUUGAUCGGGCCAACUGGCCAGUGCCAGGGUUUUCUCCGACCCGAGACCGCUCAGGGUAUCUUCGUGAACUUCCAGCGCUUGCUGCAGUUCAAUCAAAGUCGCCUUCCUUUCGGCGCUGCCCAAAUCGGCACCGCUUUCCGAAAUGAGAUCAGCCCCCGAGCCGGUAUCAUCCGUGUUCGUGAAUUCGCAAUGGCUGAGAUUGAAUACUUUGUUGAUCCGAACGAAAAACACCAUCCUAAAUUCGCCCAGUACGCAGACCUUCCUCUCAACUUGCUAACCGCAUGUGAUCAGAUGGACGGCAAAUCUGCCCGUAAAGUUACCCUCGGCGAGGCUGUUUCUCAG